UACCCCACCUAUAGGCUGCAGGGGAACUUCAACUGCUCCAACUAUUGUAUGUAAUUGCCAAGUAACUCUCUCUCAGUCACUGAUUCACUCGCUCACACACACACACACACACACACCCACCCCUCUCUCCGCAGCUGCCCGCAGGCAGCAGUGAAAUGCGACCGGACCAGAGGACGACAUGAACGGGCCUCAGCUUAGUGAACUCCCGGACGACUCGGAGCAGCUCGAGCCGUUUGUGAGCAGCCUGAGGCGGAGGGCGCUGCAGGCCAGCGAGCUGUCCGGCGUCCGCACCUUCUCCGACGGCUUUCUCAUCAAGUUUCUGCGGGCCAGGGACUUCGACGUGGAGCUCUCUCUGAAGCUCUUAUUAAACUAUCAGCGGUGGCGGAGGGAGAGUCCUGAGAUCAGCGGCUGUCUGUCUCCCUCCUCUGUGCUCGGCCUCCUCAGCACUUCGUAUCACGCCGUCCUCCCACAGCGGGACCACUCUGGCAGCAGGGUGCUUGUCUACAGGAUUGGACAAUGGAACCCAAAAGACUGGUCAGCCUUUCAGGUGUUCAGGAUCAGCCUGAUGACAUCAGAGAUUAUCUCCAUGGAGACACAGACCCAGAGACGGGGUCUGAAGGCCAUAUUUGACCUGCAGGGGUGGAGUUUAGGCCACGCCUGGCAAAUUAACCCUUCCCUCGCCAGAAAGAUAUCCUCUGUUCUUUCGGACUCUUUUCCACUGAAAGUUAGAGGAAUUCAUCUGGUCAACGAGCCAAUGUUCUUCCGGCCGGUCUUUGCCAUGAUUCGUCCCUUCCUGCCAGAUAAGAUCAAGCAGAGGAUCCACAUGCAUGGUGCUGAUUUCCACGACACUUUAAGUGACUUCUUCUCACCAGACAUUCUUCCUCCAGAAUAUGGAGGAGAGGGGCCUGGAAUAGAGGAGGUGUGUCAAGACUGGACCAAUCAGCUGCUUCAGUCAGAGAAGCUCCUGCAGCAGAUUGCUGCCCACCCAACUGCUGACGUUGCCAGUACUCCUGACAGCUCCUUGAUUUCAGAGGAAGCACAGACUGAACAAUUCUCACAGGGAUGAUGUUAUGAAUUUUGGCCUCUUGAAAGACAUGUCCAUGGGAUGGACUUUGAGUUUACAUAAUGUUUGCUCAUAAGCUGACUGUCCUAGUUACAUUGCUCGUUGAAAUCUGACCAAAGGGCGACAUCCGAGUUUACCUCUGUACCACUACUAUCUGUAUCUCAAAAAUGAAGCACGUUCCUGUAGUUGCUAUUAUAGAUUGUCCACAGUGCAGGUACUUGCAUCAGGGAACAUAUAGCACUUUUUUAGGGCAGAAAAGUGCUGGCAGGGUGCUGGGGAGUGCUACAUGCUAGUGCUUCAUCAAGUCUGAUAACUGAUAAUAUCUUGACAAAAUAUCACCACUAGCACCGCUCCUUUGCUUGUUAUAAUAAUUUGUCUGACAUGGUUUUUUCACCAGUCGGACCAACUAGAGGAUGCUUGCCCUCAUAUUUUGUAUGGAUGAGUUGUUCAAUCUGACAACAGUAGGGGACAACAGUAUGCUGAAUAUCAUCGACUAUGUCUGCCACAUCUGAUUAGUUAGCUACAGUGACAACAUCUAUGCUUUUCUGAAACAUUAGAGACUUUGAACUAGCCACACAAAAAGAUGGUGAGCUCUGAAAACAGACAGUGGGUGCAGCACUUUUUCUCUUGUCUACUUCCAAGUCCUCCUCUGUGGAGUCAUGAUGUUUAUCCUGCAAACAUAUAGGAAAUAUGGGAUAUAAACAGCAGUAGUUUUUCUUUAUCUAAACAUAUGAGAGGAGCCACAUAACACAUGUUGAGAAAGGCUCUGUUCAAAGGCUGGAUUUGUAGUUAUUAGUGUUGUUAGUAGUGUUGAUUUUAAAAGAGGUUUUCUUACACCUGAAACUCAACCCAGAACUUCUGGUGUCACCUCUCUUUCUCUCCCUUUACUCUUUCUUCAAGAGUGAAAUGAGGAGGUUAACAUCAGGUUCAUGUCUGGGUGUUAGGUACUGAGUUUGAAUCAGGAUGUGGUUAGCCUAGCAUUGCAUAAGAAAAUCAGAGGAAACAGCUAGCUUGACUUCGUGAGUUAAAAAAAACGACCAACACUUCUAAAGUUUAUUGAUUAAUAUGUUGUAUCUCCUUUGUUUGACCUGUACAUAAAAACAUAUAUUUUGUAUCUAGCAGCCCCAUGCUAUAACUAUAGACACUGCACACUGAAUGGGUGCCGUUUUACUUAAGGAAUUAGUUCCCUUUUAUGCUAAGCUAGUCGAUCUGCUCAUCUUACUCUAAAAUAGAAAGCAAAUAAGUGUAUUGUUAAGUAAUGUUGAACAGGUUUUUAAUGUAAUUAACACACUUUUAAAUUUUACUAAUCUGCUAGAUGUAGUGUUAGCAACUCUUGUUUUGGAGUAGAGACUUGCUCUAAAGACAGAACAGUUUACUGUGUCACCUCCACAUGGAAACAAACCUUCAUUAUUUUAGGUCUUUUACUUUUUCAUGAAUGUUGCUGUUAACCUGUUAAUGUGUGGAUGUCAUAUCAAGACACGUUUUUUCAGGGAUCUCUCUAGUUGUUUUAUAGUUAGACAUAAAUAGUUAACAGCCUAUUCUCCAACGGACCUCAGGAUUGUUAAAAGGAGAUUUGUGUCGCAGCUGCAGGACAACAGCCUUUAACCAAGAGAGUGGCUUCAGUCCUCAGCUUCCCUUUUCCACCAACCUAGAACAGGUCUCAUUGUGGUUUGUGCACAUUCGAACCAUUCUGAUCAUUCCCAGGUGGAACAAAAAAAUAUCAGGUUAUUCUAUUAUAUUCCUAUUCUACAGGUUGGAAAGAGAGGGUGGAGAAGUCAUACGAGAAACUGUAGGAAAAAAAGAGUGUGUUGUGAUUUGCUGACAAAUAUCUGUAAUUAGGCUACAACCCCUCAGAAGUAAUCAACAUGUCCAUCAUACAACAUCCUUAUUUAAUGACACAUCACUGAUUACAGUGGUCUCUCUGGUUCGCUGGAUAGCACUAAGAACCAGCCAAGAACCAGCAUUUGGUGGAAAAGGGAUAUGCAUGGCUGAGAACAGUUAAGACACCUGGGCCUUACCAGCUCUGAAGUUUGCCCUGCUUGAAACAAAUGACUAACUUGCUGCUAAGUCCAGUGAACUCAAUCUAAUAACUACUGUGAGAGUUUGAUGCUUUUAAAAAAAAGAAAAAAAGAAAAAAAAACUGGAGUCCAAACAGUUCCUCCAGCAGUUUGUUUUCAUGUCAUCAUCGACAUUUGCGCUGCAAACAAUGAACACUGCCUCCCCUCCAAAUCACCACUCCAACCAGACUUUCAUUUUAUCAUCCAGCCAAAUUAAUCCAUCCUGUCUUCUUUUUGUUCAUGGUUGAUCAUUUAAAUUUUACCUGUUCAGAAGAAUACCAUAUCUAAAAAUAAUUUAUAUCAUUUAUUCCAUGAAAUGGUGAUGUUUUUAAUGACAAAAUGAAUACUUUAAUUGAAGAGUAAUUGAGUAAUGUAAUGUGUAUUAAGAGUAGAUGGUGAUUCCUUGCACGUUUGGCCAGGAUUGGAUUAUUAUAAUGCACAUAUGCCAUAUACCCAGGUAUUAUGACAAUGUUAAUUUGCUGUACUCAUUAUUUUUUUAACUGUAAAACUAUAAUAACAGAAUAUGAUUUAAUGGUAUUUCUUUAAAUGAUAUUGACUUCAAAGUUACAUAAAGGUAAAGCAAACACACAAGUCAAAGUUAUGAUAUUCUUAUAUGAUGACAUUUUUAACUUGUAACAGCCCAUAUGAUGCUGUAUACUGACUUGUUAGUUUUUUGGUUGGAUUAAUAUUUGAAGCUAAUAGGUGGACAGGCAGGAUUUGUGCACAUUAAUGGGUCAGUGAAAUAAAUGUGCUGUUAAUAAAUUGUGUGUUGGAACAUGUA